CUAUUUUGCAUUACACUGACAAACAACUUCUUAAUUUCACCAAGGUAUGUAUCAGCGACGCCAUGUGAAGUAUCCCUUCUCCAGCACGCCAGUCCUGCCUGUAAAGUGUCGAGAAAUGCUGCCUUAAAUCAGAACAAGAAGAUCUGGACCUUAAAACAUGAUCCAGAUUUACAUGGCUUUGCCUUACUGAACAUGACCUCUGAGCAGCUGGGAGCUAUUGCUUUGCAAGAUCCCUUUAUACGAUACUACGCUUCGGCAUAUCUUCAAACCACGGAAGCAAGCAGGGAAUCCGCUGCCUUGUACAGAAAUAUAACCGCUGGUCAGGAAAUCACGGAACUAUCAGAAUAUCUGAAGUUGUCAGCGUUUUUUCAGUCGGCUCUAGAAACUGCAAUUGGCGUAAGUAUGUUGUUUAGUUAUUCAAAGACCGAGUUCAACUGCAUAAAACCUUAAGUCAGAUGUAACUGCCAACGUCUGACAUUCAGUCAAGGGUUGAACCGGGCCGAACGACAUUUUAUAUGCGCUGGUGAUGUAAUAAAUUUGAUAUUUAAACCUUAAAAUGGCCUCCGUGAUGUCAGUGUAUUGCCAGAUUAAACUGAUGUCAGAGGGGCCAACUUAGUUGAAGGGGAACAAUAUCGUGUUCCUUUGCUGGGAAUUUUUGAAUUUAAAAUUAUCUUUUCUCAUGCAAAUUCUAUACAAAAAAUGUAUUGUUUUGUCAAUUGUGCAUGACUGGCCCACCAUGUUGUCUGUGUUCCCUGACUGUCUAUGUUAAAUUUCCUGUCGUAAAUUGUAAUGAUCGAUGCCAUUAUUGAGACAACUGGUUUCCUUUUUCUUUUGACGCAAUGAAAAUUAAUGACAGUAGUCAGUACUAAAACAUAGUAAGAAAUUCUUAGCCCAGCAUCAAACUCAAGUCCUUCGACAGUGUAUCUCUCUAAAAAGCCUCCCUCACGACCCUACCACUACUACACACCGUUCAAAUCUUGAAACUGAAAUCCACUUUAGUUUCCCGAGUUUCUUUUGAACUUUAGGUUGUAAAAUUAGAGUUGUUUACUAUGAUGACUCCGACCAUUUAUGGAUAAGAAAUAGGAAAGGCUUGUUUUAUUAUUAUUAUUAUUAUUAUUGAAGUGAAUGUCGAUCUACUUUCGAAAACGUGGCAAUAUAACAUACGCCUAGAUUCAGCUCCUGGUACUAUUUUUUGCAUUGACGUACCGGGUGUGUGUGAAUUCUUUUUGCUUAUCUCUGUACUAGUGUACUAAAAUCACAAUGAAACUUGCAAGAUGAGAUAACAUGUGUCGGAUCGAUAAUCGCCUACAGUAGGCGUUCAUUGGGCUAUACGUUGUAGUGGUCUAAUAUAUUUUGGAGGGUAUUAUGCUUAUCUCACUUUUUGCAUACUAAGUGUAUAACUACUCCUAUCCCGCCUUCUGGAUCUUCCGUCCGAUAUUUUGGCUCUUUGACGGAGACGAUGAAAACUAAUUUUUAAUUGGGCUGUGCCGGCGGCCCAAUAAUCAGACAGCAAAUAGAAUUUGAUAUUUUUCACCAUUAGGAGUAUGCUCGGUUGCCAUCACGAUAUGAAGCCUUCGUCGACAAUAAGCCCGAGUGGAUAAACGACAAGCACUUUACUCAGCAACGCCUGGCAGGCCCCAAUCCCAUGUCACUGAAGCGGGUGACAGUUCACGGACAAGGUAGGUCUCUGCCUACGCGACCAGUUGUAGCUUAAACAAAGUGUAUCUUCAAAUCUCUUCUCAAAGGGUAGUUUUCUGCGUACAGGACGUUUAAACGAUGUGGGUUCUUUAAAAGUUACCUUUCAGUAGAAGGAUAUAUAGAGAUGGAAAACUUUAAUCGUCAGAACUCAGUGCCAAUGAAGUUAGCAAAAUAAAUGGUACUCGAUCGGAGACUUGCUUUCAACACACUUAAACUUUAUAAGGAACAUAUUAGGACAUCCUAUUAGCUAGGUAUAAGGUACUUUCGUUAGGUAUUGUUAUGAAUGGAAUGAUCGGGUUCAAUUUCUUUAAACUCGCUCAAUCCAUCUGUAUUCGUUGUUGAAACAAAGAAGGAAUUCAAAAUUUAUCUGUCGUCUGUAAAAUCAGGUCAUGUUUGAUCGUUUCUCCAAGCAGGCACGAUAGAUCUAUAUUAUCAACUGGAGAUCUCCCGCUUUUGUCCCACAACUGGAGAAAAAAAAGAUCUGUUUAGUUCUGUUUACCAUCAUAAACCCUUCAUUAAUCAAGCUUGACUGGUCAAGAUAUUGGCCUCGUUCUUUUUUGCAAAUUUGUUAUUGACCACAACUGGAUCGGUCCUUUGAAAAAGCAAAAAAUCGAGCUUGACUAAUAUCUAGGUCAUCGUAAUCUUAUUCGCUUGUACAAUAACACAUAUAUUAUAAUGCUACCUUAAUUUAUUUGUUUCGUGUAGAAAAGAGACGAUGCACAGUAAAAACGACUGACGGAAGAUGGUGCCAUUUCCCGUUUACUUAUCGCGGUAAAGUCUAUCACAAGUGUACAACUAAAGACCAUCAUAGACGUUGGUGUUCAACGAGUCAGAAAUAUAUCUUCAAAAAUAAUUUUGGAAGAUGGGGAAACUGUCAAGGUAACAAAAGAAACGUUGUUAAUUGUUACUCUAUUUUUUAUUGGUUGCUACUCACUUUAUAUUUCAUAUUUAAUUUGUGUUACGUCUCCCUCUUCUUUAGGUACUGAAGAACAGGGAAUGGGUAAGUUCAAUUUGUUUAUUUUAUUGGUUAGUGGUAAGCGCUAAUAACAUAUAAAAUUACAAACCAAGUUGUCCCAAAAUAAUCAUGUGGGAGCUGAGAGCCUCACUCUACUGAACCAUACUGUUAGGGGCACCCAACGACUGUUUUCUAUAAAAUAACUGUGCGGAGAAGCAAAUAUUGCCUAGAAUUUUCUAUUAUAGGAGGGCUAAAGUCACUGGCUAAAACGUUCUAGAUGACCGUUCCAUUCAUGUACAAAUUUUGAAGCCUAUCUAAUAAAUUCCCUACGAUUUUCUGAAGUUUAAUUUUCACAUUUCACUUCCCAAGUUAGGCUAUUUUUCGUACAAAAGAGGAAACCUAAAAUUUUCAGAUUAAAAAAUGUGAUGGAGAGAGGAAUCAGAAAAUUUCUCACUUUCGUAAUACGUCAAAUUGCAUCUAAAAUUUUCGGGAAAAUAAUUCUCAAGCGCUUGUAAUUUCGAAAAGACUCAAGUUGCCCUAGGAUGGCAAAACAGAAAUUUUAUAGCGCUGCUUAGAAUGCAUUUCUAGAGAUCUAAAAGUACUCUGCACAGCCUAAAAUUGUUUUCAAUGCAUUUAGGAGGAAAUCGCCGUUAAGUGCCCUUGUGCUGUGCUUCUUCCCCUUCCAUCAAGUAUUUUUUGAUGCUAUCGAGUAUAUUAUUGGCUCAGAAAAUUUAGUACUCUAACUAUUUCUAUUUAUUCGAAAGCCAUGUUUGACAGUUUGUUUGCCUACAAAUAAAAAAAUGCUUAUGUCUCUCAGUCACUGAAGGAGUUUUGUUGGUUUGCUUAGAAGAGCACUGACUUCUCUUCACCAAUUCAACUUCAACAUAUGUUAUUCGGCAGGGAAGGGCUGUGAGCAGGGUCCAAAUUAUUGAUCAAAAGAAUAUCACGAGAUAAAUCGGACAAUUACUAGCCGGAAAAUCACUAGCUGGGAUGUUACUUGCCGGAAUAUUACUACAGCUGUAAAACUACUAGUCACGAGCAAAAGAGGAGCUAGCUCGCUCACUCUUGUCACGAGUUUGUCUGGAAAAGUACUUAAAAAGAAAAAAAGGUUUAAAGGCUUGUUUAUAGUGGAAAGUGCACUUAGCUUAUCCAGCUACUUUACAGGCACUCCAGUCAAAUACUUAGAAACAAAUAAUUUAAACAUAACAUAACAGGAUUAAAAACCCUAACUGGCGGGAGGCAACCGGUUGGCUAUUGACAAGCGUGGCUGAGGAUUUGAACUCGGGAAGACCGAGAACCGAAUCUGGGACCAAGGGAUUACGAGUCCAACGCGCUGACCACUCGGCCAUGCUGGCUCCUUGUAGCCGCGACUUCAUUUAAGGUUAGGGUAUAUAUAUGAGACAAGCUGUGUUCCUCAAAGUCGUCCUCUUGGUCUCCAGACUUAACACGCUCUGCGAAUUUGACCCUCCUCCUCCUUUCCUCCGCCUCUUUAAUUCUUAAUGGUACUUUCAUCUUACUUUGGGUACCUUUUUCUCGAGCCUUCAACUUUUCCAUCUUACGUGGCCAAAAUUUUACCCAAGUACUUCGUUGUUGCUCAUUUCUUUAAGUGCUCUUGCAAACAAAGUUCGAGCGGAUGACCCCGAAACUUAGGGUAUAAACACAAGCGGGUAAGGAGGCAUAAAUAAUAUAUCUUAUACGAAAGCUUUUUUCCCGUGCUUUCAGUCGGCGAGGACUGCAGUGUAAAGACCACAAAAGGUGAAUGGUGCCAUUUUCCAUUUACCUAUUAUGGAAGGAAAUAUACGAAGUGCACUAAAGAUGAUCACAUUCGACCGUGGUGCUCAACUACAAAAAACUACACAGGCAAAUGGGGAAAUUGCAAAGGUAAACCCUCGCGGAAGACGCAUAUCUUUUCCUUAGGUUUGCGCAAAAAGAUGGCUCUCCACUUACGGUUUUGCUAAUCUACCUAAACUUUUCACAUAUUAGCCAAAAAUGAUUUUAAAGUACCGUAAGGUUGUGAUUUUGCUGAUACUUAAUUUCUAAACAAGUCCCCUUAAAAAGUGUGAAAGAAAAUCGUCCCUGUUUAAUUACAAUUACAGUCAGUGAUGGAAAAAAUCUGCGAGCCUGUAGAUCGAUUUCACUUUCGUGAUCAGUGGCUAUGCAAAUUUCUGCGAACAAAAAAAAAACGUUCAGUUUACAUGAGAAAAGAGUUCAAUUGCAACUUGGAUUAUUUUUGACACUCGAUCUACUUGGUUCUAUUAUUGGUGAGGUAAGUAAAAUGUAAGGAAAUGAAAUUAAAUUAAAUUAAAUAAAACAAAUUAAAAAUUAAACCGUUAUCCGUAAAUUAGCCAUCACCUCAUUGAGGCAAAGACACUCUUCAACUGAUUUUGGUUUUGUUCUUUGCAGGGAAAGAAGAGAAGAGAGGAGAGCAGCGUGGUAGGUACAUUAAACGGUUGCGAUCGAUCCAAAACUCGCGCCAAACCUGAUCCCCAUUCUUGGAGUUCCAGGAGCAAUUUAAACUUGCCAGGAUUUACAAGUUACUAAGGCCGGAAUUCUUACCUAAACAGAUUUAAAGGCAUUUGAAUUCCUUGCUUUUGAAAUUAUAUUUGUUUGAGAUCUAUUUAAUUGACCUUUUUAUAUUACCACAACGUUUGUAUUACAAUCGUGUUCAGUUAUUAAAAAUAUAUAAAAGCACUGAAGAUACUGCUGAUACUUCGGUCUUAUAAAAAAUGACCCGGUGGAUCAGAAGUCCGAUUCAACUAGUCUGCAUAGAUCACUGAAUCGUAAAAACUUCGAUUCAGCUUCACUUUUUUGACAUUUAUCUGCCAGCUAAAUUUUAAUGGCAAGCACUCGAACGCAGUUACUAAUCUUCGAUUACUGCUACUUACUAGCUAGUUUAAAAGAAAAAAGAUAUUUUAUGCAUUACGUUACAAUUACAGUCUUAUCCUUAUUAGGACCAAUAGGACUUGAUUGGAAGGAACUAAAGGCAACAUUGAAUCCCACCUUUGAAUGGCAAAAAGCCGUUCAAGCAGCUCUGGAUACAGACGACUCUUUAGAAUCGGUAUGGAUAGUCCUAAUACUUUGAGAUAAAAAAAAAUAAAAUAAAGUAAAAUAAUAAUAAUAAUAAUAAUAAUAAUAAUAAUAAUAAUAAUAAUAAAAUCAGCCAAACUACACAUGUAGCGCUUUUUAUUUUAUGGAUCUGUUUGCAAUUUCAUUUCCUCACUGGAUGGAAUAGUACUGAUGAAAAACGAUUAACUAGAUAAUGUAAUGCAAUACUGCGCAAAUAGGAAGUUGAUCAACAAUGCAAGUAGACAAUUAAUACAAAGGAAAUUAAAUCAUUUUGUUAAAUCUGGUGAAAGAUAACGACUGCUCCCAGUUUAUCGAUAAUUAUAAAAUACAAUGAACUAGAAAUACGUGUAUCGCAGAACCUCGCGAGGCUUGGGGGGAGGCCUAUAAAAUGUCAGGUGUGGGAAGGGGGAGAGAAUUGGAGCAAAUUGUGUAGCUUGGAAGGGCGGGUUUCAACACUGGCUCUAAUACUGGAAGGUGAGAUGAAGUUAAUCUCCUUUUGGCUGGGGUAAAUUUGAACCCAGUGCUCUUUCGUUAAAAAAUUAGACCGUUUACACUUGUUGUAGUACAUAAUCACACUUGACAACUAAUUGUUUGCAACAGUAAGGUACAAAUCUUAUAAUCACUUACCCUAAAAUAGAAAUUACAUGUAGCAAUGUCUCCAUGAUUAAGGAUGCAGCUGAGGAGAAUUAUGAAAGUGAUCAUGACUCAUAAUUACUGUUAUGCGGUACCCUCAUUAGCAACGAGCCAUCUCUGUAAAAAGCACCAAAUCAUUUAUAAAAGUGUUCAUAGUUAUUUGUGUACAUGCAUGAGAAACAAAUACCCAUGGAGGAGUGAAUUUGUAGGAAAUGUCCACAUACAAGUCUGCUUCUGCCAAUGGAACAUGUUUAACUUCGGUGAAUAUGCAGGAAUAUUUCAACUCCCUCUGACUUCUUUGAAAGAGUUAGAUUUUCCCUGACUAAUCCUGAAAAUCCUUGACUUGUUAAAUUGUCCCUUACGGGGAAAAGGAUUAAUUUUCCUGGCAUGGUAACACAUGUCACACACUGAUAUUGAGAGGAGAUUCGAAAUACGGAUGUUUCUUUGGAAUACUAAAUAGGAUCGACAAUAGGAGGCCAGCGCUAUGUUUGACUUAAAACACAGCUGUGUUUAUGAAUAAGGCUGCUAAACAUAGAUAUACAUUUUACUUAGGAUGGUUUUGGGGAAGUAAAUGUAACGAAAAUUGUAAACGAAAAUGAUUUUAACAAAUGUAACGCUUGCCUACAUGUCACACAUAUUCAGUGUUCUAAAAUAAAGCUUACUGUAAAACCCAUCGUUGCUCAUGGUUUAAAGACUGAUCUGCUGUCUUCAGUCCGUUGGAAAGGUAUUCUUGACGUGCAUUGUACAGAUCGUGUAACUCUUGCUGCCUAUCGAUGAUUGUAAACUUCAAGCGUUACCUGAUCUCCUCAUCGCUUUUUGAAGCGUUGGCACUCGGUGUUCCCUCUCUUCACCGGUUUGUUUGCAGUGUAAUUGUAGUAUUUUGUCGCUACCUCUGUACAUGUUUGUGGUCGCCGUGUUGACGACGUUGCCUCCGCGGUGCUAAGCGAUGUUCUCUCUGCUUCGCGCUUUGUUGUUGUCGUCGUCUACUCCGCUCACGAUAGAUUUAAUCAGCGUUCUCCAGAGGAGUUACGGUGGAAAAUCUUCGCCGUGGAGGAUUUCCCGCCACCUCUGAGUGGUGUGCUUGCUGUUCUGUGUCAGGGAAAUUGUUCGUGAUUCACCGAUCAGUCGUAAACGUUGUUUCGCAGACGAUGAAUAAACACAUCAGCCCUUAUGGUCAUGUUGCAUUGCCUAGUAAGAAAAAAUGCGCCGUGACUUCAAACUACUGUAUGAGGUCAUGGCGGCCACCAUCGGAUAUAUUACUACAAGUAUAGAUGUACGCUGCGAGUUUGCAGCUCCCUUUGAUCCACGCGCGGUCCACGCACUGCGUGCCUUUCUUAAUUUAAUUUUAUUCCUAUUUUCCCAUUUAUUAUUAACAUUAUUAUUAUUCAUUCUUUGUUCCAUUUUGUAAAUUAAAUCGGAAGAGCUACGUAGUGGAGUUUUAAUAAAGAUACUGUACUGUACUUCGCGCGCUACGAGAUUAUAAACUCUCUUUGCGAAGCGCUUCGUGCCUCGCUUCGCUCGGAAUAAAUAAAUAAAUAAAUAAAUAAAUUAAUUAAUUAAUUAAUAAAAACUAAACAUCCCACCUUGUAUCGAAGGAACAAACCGAUCGAUUUCAUUUGAGCCCUUUAAAUAGCAGCCAUAGUUGCAUCAAGGUUACAUAAAAAACUCCGGGCGUGUUCAUUAUCAAACAAUACAUAACCUAAUAAGCCUUGUGUUGCAUGACAAAUUAAAAACGUGGGAGAAUAAUAUAUGAUUACUCUGCUUGUAUUUAGCUAUAGACGUAAAAGACACUCUCUUUUUUGCUGCUUGACCAGAGUGGGCUUAUUUCCAGCCAGGCAGUUGCACUAGGUAUUUAUUUCGUUCAAGAAAUUUGAACGACGGUUCCACUUUUUUGCUUUGCAGGCUAUAGACCAGGGCCGCAUUUACGCUCUACGAUAUGAGAUGUGUGACGACAUGGCAAGAUCACNUGUAACUCUUGCUGCCUAUCGAUGAUUGUAAACUUCAAGCGUUACCUGAUCUCCUCAUCGCUUUUUGAAGCGUUGGCACUCGGUGUUCCCUCUCUUCACCGGUUUGUUUGCAGUGUAAUUGUAGUAUUUUGUCGCUACCUCUGUACAUGUUUGUGGUCGCCGUGUUGACGACGUUGCCUCCGCGGUGCUAAGCGAUGUUCUCUCUGCUUCGCGCUUUGUUGUUGUCGUCGUCUACUCCGCUCGCGAUAGAUUUAAUCAGCGUUCUCCAGAGGAGUUACGGUGGAAAAUCUUCGCCGUGGAGGAUUUCCCGCCACCUCUGAGUGCUGUGCUUGCUGUUCUGUGUCAGGGAAAUUGUUCGUGAUUCACCGAUCAGUCGUAAACGUUGUUUCGCAGACGAUGAAUAAACACAUCAGCCCUUAUGGUCAUGUUGCAUUGCCUAGUAAGAAAAACUGCGCCGUGACUUCAAACUACUGUAUAAGGUCAUGGCGGCUACCAUCAGAUAUAUUACUACAAGUAUAGAUGUACGCUGCGAGUUUGCAGCUCCCUUUGAUCCACGCGCGGUCCACGCACUGCGUGCCUUUCUUAAUUUAAUUUUAUUCCUAUUUUCCCAUUUAUUAUUAACAUUAUUAUUAUUCAUUCUUUGUUCCAUUUUGUAAAUUAAAUCGGAAGAGCUACGUAGUGGAGUUUUAAUAAAGAUACUGUACUGUACUUCGCGCGCUACGAGAUUAUAAACUCUCUUUGCGAAGCGCUUCGUGCCUCGCUUCGCUCGGGAUAAAUAAAUAAAUAAAUAAAUAAAUAAAUAAAUAAAUUAAUUAAUUAAUUAAUCAAUUAAUUAAUAAAAACUAAACAUCCCACCUUGUAUCGAAGGAAUAAACCGAUCGAUUUCAUUUGAGCCCUUUAAAUAGCAGCCAUAGUUGCAUCAAGGUUACAUAAAAAACUCCGGGCCUGUUCAUUAUCAAACAAUACAUAACCUAAUAAGCCUUGUGUUGCAUGACAAAUUAAAAACGUGGGAGAAUAAUAUAUAAUUACUCUGCUUGUAUUUAGCUAUAGACGUAAAAGACACUCUCUUUUUUGCUGCUUGACCAGAGUGGGCGUAUUUCCAGCCAGGCAGUUGCACUAGGUAUUUAUUUCGUUCAAGAAAUUUGAACGACGGUUCCACAUUUUUUGCUUUGCAGGCUAUAGAUCAGGGCCGCAUUUACGCUUUACGAUAUGAGAUGUGUGACGACAUGGCAAGAUCACCAGAUCUUACUGAUAGAGAUCCUCGAAGAAAAAUGUGGAACUUUCUCUCUCCUAUCGCCUUGUUUGCGUCUAAGGGGAAUAAAUACGGCAAAAAUGAGCUUGUUCCUGUGGCCAUUCAAAUGGAUUAUAAACCAGGUAAAAUCCUAAAUACAUGUGACUGA